CGCCGCCGUCCUGGGGCUGAGGCAAGGAGGGCGGCCAUCUUGUCACUCAGCUUAGCCUGGCCGGCGGCUUGGCGCGGAGCCGGGCCCAGGCACGGCUGGCGUGAGCCCAGCAGCCAGUUUUGACUGGGGGCCAUCUUGGCGCUGAGGCGUGACCAGCGGCCAUCUUGGUGCCCAUGCCCCAAACCAAGCCCAACUCAGUCAGUGACGGGGGGCUUGGCCUGCGGCGCGGGGCCUGUUCUGAGGGGAAUCAUGAGGGAAAGUGGGUGUCAUUUCGUGGGGACUGACCAAUGAGGGUGGGGGAGGGUAAAGUGCUGCCAACAUCCGGGUACUAAAACAACCCUUCGUGCGGGAGGGAGGGGAGCGAGGAAACUGAAGGAAAGAGUGCGCAUGCGCAUAGGAAAAGGGUGGGAUGGUGGCGCGCACGUGCCAGUUUUGGGGCCCAGCAUACGCCUGCGCAAUAGGAAACCUGGGCGGAACGAGCACUAUGCGCAUGUGGUUUUGAGCAUGGGGGCGACAGGGAGAGCAUUCUGCGCAUGCGUAAGAGACAACAUCACAUCCGGGUCGUAGAGACGCCGCCAUCUUUCGUCUGGUGUGGAGGAGAAGGGUCCAAAAUGGCGGCUCCCAGGGGGCUGGCAUCCGCAGUCUCCCCACGCCGCGGGUAGAUCUCCCGCCCCGCCCGCGGCGACUGGAGUCCGCGCACCGCUGCGCACAGGACAGCGAGAGGGGCCAUGGCAGCGGCCUUGCCGGCAGCCCCCGGCGGGGGCACCCCGGCCCCCGGCAGCCCCGCGCUCCUGCAGCCCCGCUGGAAGCGGGUGGUGGGCUGGUCGGGCCCCGUGCCCCGGCCCCGCCACGGGCACCGCGCCGUGGCCAUCAAGGAGCUGAUCGUCGUCUUCGGGGGCGGGAACGAGGGCAUCGUCGACGAGCUGCACGUCUACAACACAGCCACCAACCAGUGGUUCAUCCCGGCCGUGCGGGGCGACAUCCCUCCCGGCUGUGCCGCCUACGGCUUUGUGUGUGACGGCACCCGGCUGCUGGUCUUUGGGGGCAUGGUGGAGUACGGCAAGUACAGCAGCGACCUCUACGAGCUGCAGGCCAGCCGCUGGGAGUGGAAGAGACUCAAGGCCAAGACCCCCAAGAAUGGGCCGCCCCCCUGCCCCCGCCUGGGCCACAGCUUCUCGCUUGUGGGCAACAAGUGCUACCUGUUUGGGGGGCUGGCAAAUGACAGCGAGGACCCCAAGAACAACAUUCCCAGGUACCUGAAUGACCUGUACAUCCUGGAGCUGCGCCCGGGCUCCGGAGUGGUGGCCUGGGACAUCCCCAUCACAUACGGGGUGCUGCCCCCACCCCGCGAGUCCCACACCGCCGUGGUGUACACCGAGAGGGACAACAAGAAAUCCAAGCUCGUCAUCUACGGGGGCAUGAGCGGCUGCCGCCUCGGCGACCUCUGGACGCUGGACAUCGAGACCCUGACAUGGAACAAGCCCAGCCUGAGCGGUGUGGCACCCCUCCCCCGCAGCCUGCACUCCGCCACCACCAUUGGCAACAAGAUGUACGUCUUCGGGGGCUGGGUGCCCCUCGUCAUGGACGACGUCAAAGUGGCCACACACGAGAAGGAGUGGAAGUGCACCAACACGCUGGCCUGCCUCAACCUGGACUCCAUGGCAUGGGAGCCCAUCCUCAUGGACACGCUGGAGGACAACAUCCCGCGGGCCCGGGCAGGGCACUGCGCCGUCUCCAUCAACACUCGCCUCUACAUCUGGAGCGGGCGCGACGGCUACCGCAAGGCCUGGAACAACCAGGUGUGCUGCAAGGACCUCUGGUACCUGGAGACUGAGAAGCCCCCAGCACCCUCGCGGGUGCAGCUGGUUCGGGCCAACACCAACUCACUGGAGGUGAGCUGGGGCUCGGUGCCCACGGCCGACACCUACCUGCUGCAGCUGCAGAAGUACGACAUCCCCGCGGCCGCCUCACCCGCUCCCGUCCCGGUGCCCUCUGUGCCCGCCAACCCGCCCAAGAGCCCUGCCCCGGCCGCCGCUGCGCCCGCCCCGCCCGCCAGCCAGCCCCUGGCCCAGAUGGGCAUCACCCUGCUGCCCCAGGCCGCCGCCCCAACGCCCACCACCACCAUCCAGCUGCUGCCCUCCGUGUCCGGCACGCCCCUGUCCGUGGCCAGCCCGGCACGCACGCAGGGUGUCCCGGCUGUGCUAAAGGUGACAGGCCCCCAGGCGCCCCCAGGGCCCCCCCUGGUGACGGUGCGCUCAGCUGGGCAGGCAGGCAAGGCCCCGGUGACGGUGACCUCGCUGCCGGCCGGUGUGCGCAUGGUGGUGCCCACGCAGAGCACGCAGGGCACGGUGAUUGGCAGCAGCCCCCAGAUGAGCGGCAUGGCCGCCCUGGCAGCCGCCGCCGCCGCCACACAGAAGAUCCCCCCCUCCUCCGCGCCCACCAUGCUGAGCGUGCCGGCCGGCGCCACCAUCGUCAAGACCGUGGCCGUCUCCCCAGGCACGGCCACGCUGCCCAGCACCGUCAAGGUGGCCUCCUCCCCCGUCAUGGUGAGUAACCCGGCCACACGCAUGCUGAAGACGGCGGCAGCCCAGGUGGGCACCUCGGUGUCAUCCACGACCAACGCGGCCACGCGGCCCAUCAUCACUGUGCACAAGUCGGGCACGGUCACCGUGGCGCAGCAGGCCCAGGUCAUGACCACCGUGGUGGGCGGCGUCACCAAGACCAUCACUCUGGUGAAGAGCCCCAUCUCUGUGCCGGGGGGCAGCGCACUGAUCUCUAACCUCGGCAAAGUGAUGUCGGUCGUGCAGACCAAGCCGGUGCAGACCUCGGCCGUGACCGGCCAGGCGUCCAGCGGCCCCGUCACCCAGAUCAUCCAGACCAAGGGCCCCCUGCCGGCAGGCACCAUCCUGAAGCUGGUGACGUCAGCGGACGGGAAGCCCACCACCAUCAUCACCACCACACAGGCGGGCGGCGCCGGCCCCAAGCCCACCAUCCUGGGCAUCAGCAGCGUCUCGCCCAGCACCACCAAGCCGGGCACCACCACCAUCAUCAAAACCAUCCCCAUGUCGGCCAUCAUCACCCAGUCCGGGGCCACGGGUGUGACCAGCAGCCCUGGGAUCAAGUCCCCCAUUACCAUCAUCACCACCAAGGUCAUGACCUCAGGCACGGGCGCCCCCGCCAAGAUCAUCACGGCAGUGCCCAAGCUGGGCACGGCCCACGGGCAGCAGGGCGUCACGCAGGUGGUCCUGAAGGGCGCGCCUGGCCAGCCCGGCACCAUCCUGCGCACUGUGCCCAUGGGCGGCGUGCGGCUGGUCACGCCCGUCACCGUCUCCGCCGUCAAGCCCACCGUCACCACGCUGGUGGUGAAAGGAACCACGGGUGUCACCACCUUGGGCACCGUGACGGGCACAGUCUCCACCAGCCUGGCCGGCGCAGGGGGCCACAGCACCAACGCCUCCCUGGCCACGCCCAUCACCACGCUGGGAACCAUCGCCACCCUGUCGAGCCAGGUGAUCAACCCGGCUGCCAUCACCGUCUCCGCUGCGCAGACCACCAUGACGGCCGCCAGCGGGCUGGGCACGCCCACCAUCACCAUGCAGCCCGUCUCCCAGCCCACGCAGGUGACGCUGAUCACGACGCCCAGCGGGGUGGAUGCCCAGCCGGUGCACGACCUACCAGUCUCCAUCCUGGCCUCGCCCACCACGGAGCAGCCCACGGCCACGGUGACCAUUGCCGACGUGGGGCAGGGCGACCCGCAGCCCGGCACCGUCACCCUGGUGUGCUCCAACCCGCCCUGUGAGACCCAUGAGACUGGCACCACCAACACUGCCACUGCCACCGUCGUGGCCAACGUGGGCGGCCUGACCCAGCCUGUGCACUUUGUGUGCGAGGGCCAGGAGACCGGGCAGCCCAAUGGCGGGUUAGUGCGUGUCUGCUCCAACCCCCCGUGCGAGACGCACGAGACGGGCACCACCCACACUGCCACCACUGCCACAUCCAGCAUGGGCGCUGGACGAGUGUGCAGCAACCCCCCGUGCGAGACACACGAGACGGGCACAACGAACACGGCGACCACGGCCACGUCCAGCAUGGGUGCCGGACGAGUGUGCAGCAACCCCCCAUGCGAGACGCACGAAACUGGCACCACCCACACGGCCACCACAGCCACGUCCAGCAUGGGUGCUGGACGAGUGUGCACAAAUCCCCCGUGCGAGACGCAUGAGACAGGCACCACCAACACGGCCACCACAGCCACGUCCAGCAUGGGUGCCGAACGAGCGUGCAACAAUCCCCUGUGUGAGACGCAUGAGACAGGCACCACCAACACGGCUACCACGGCCCGGUCGUUCAUGGGGCGGGGUCAACCGGAUGGUGGCAUGGUAGCCCCGCCCAACCCGCCGUGCCAAACGCAGCACACCAGUGCCACCGGCACCACGAUGUCGGCAAAAGCCGGUGUGUCCACAGAGCAGCCGUGCAGCACCAGGAUGGCGAAUCCACCCCCGGCGGUGCCUGGCACCAACGCACAAUCCCCGGCGCCGGCUGGCCGGCCCUGUGAGGCUCACCAGACCCACACCACCAACACCGCCACCACGGCCCGGUCGCUCAUGGGCCGGGGGCAGCCGGACGGUGGGCCAGGGGCAGCCGAGAGCCCCCCGUGCCAAACACAACAGACUUGUGCCACUCACACAACCAUGUCGGCCAAAGCUGACGUGCCCACGGAGCAGCCAUGCGGCGUAAGGAUGGUUGCGCCAGACACGGAGGCCGAUCAGCGAGCGCAUGUCAAUGACUCUUGUGAACCGGGUACCAUGGCCACGUCGAGCUUGGGCACUAGGCGAGCGUGCACGGAGCCCCCGUGCGAGACCCACGAGACAGGCACCACCACCACAGUCACGUCGAACAUGGGCGCCGGGCGAGCGUGCAGCAACCCCCCGUGCGAGACACACGAGACAGGCACCACCACCACAGCCACGUCGAGCAUGGGCACCAGGCAACCGUGCACGGAGCCCCCGUGCGAGACCCAUGAGACAGGCACCACCACCACAGCCACGUCGAACAUGGGCGCCGGGCGAGCAUGCAGCAAUCUCCCGUGCGAGACGGGCACCACUAACACGGCGACCACUGCCACAUCCAGCAUGGGCGCCGGGCAAGUGUGUAGCAACCCCCCGUGUGAGACACACGAGACAGGCACCACUAACACGGCAACCACUGCCACAUCCAGCAUGGGCGCCGGGCAAGUGUGCAGCAACCCCCCUUGUGAGACGCACGAGACGGGCACCACCAACACGGCCACCACGGCCACAUCCAGCAUAGGCGCCGGGCGAGUGUGCACUAACCCUCCGUGCGAGACGCACGAGACGGGCACCACUAACACGGCCACCACGGCCACAUGUAACGUGGGGACAGGCCAGGCUGAGGGGGCCCAGCACGCCCCUGCCAGUGCGCCCUGUGAGACGCAGCCGACCACGGCCACCGGCACCACCAUGACGGCCAGCAUGGGGGGAGCUGGGGCCGAACCCCCCUCCUCUGCCCCCCAGGAGACGGAGGGGGCAGGGCCCAGCCAGCCCCAGUCGCCUCCCACAAACCCAGCCCCACGCGUCUGCUCCAACCCCCCCUGCGAGACCCACGAGACGGGCACAACCCACACGGCCACCACUGUGACCUCCAGCAUGGGCGCCAACCACGACCAGCCACCGGGAGCCAACGGGCAGGGGCAGCCCGAGGGGGCGCCAGGCGAGGCCCCCGCCAGCCCCAGCAGUGUCUCUGCCGCGCAGACCCGCGCCGUGACCACCGUGACCCAGUCCACGCCCGCGCCGGGCCCCGCUGUGCCGAGCAUCUCGUCACUGGCAGAGACCCCCCCGGAGGAGCCGGCGCCGACCCCCCCGGCGGAGCCCCCGGCGCCCCCCGGCCCGGAGCCGGCGCAGCCCCAGCUCCCCGAGCCGCCGCAGCCAGAGCCGCCGCCCGAGCCCCCGGCGCCGCUGCCGCAGCCCCCCAUGCAGGGCCACCCCCAGCCUGCCCCGGCCCCUCCCUCCGGCCCCCCGGCGCCGGCCCCCGAGGGGGAGCCGCUGGCCCUGCCCCAGGAGCUGCUGGCCGAGGGGCAGGCGGGGGCCACCCUGCUGGUGACGGGGCUGACGCCCGAGGAGCUGGCAGUGACGGCGGCCGCCGAGGCCGCGGCCCAGGCUGCAGCCACUGAGGAGGCCCAGGCCCUGGCCAUCCAGGCCGUGCUGCAGGCGGCCCAGCAGGCCGUGCUGGGUGCGGGGGAACCCAUGGAGCCGGGCGAGGCGGGCGCGGGGCCAGCGGAGCUCGGGGCGCUGGGGGGCGAGGGCGCCGAGGGGCAGCCCACGGCCAUCCCCAUCGUGCUGACGCCGCAGGAGCUGGCCGCCCUGGUGCAGCAGCAGCAGCAGCUGCAGGAGGCCCAGGCGGCCGCGUCCCAGCAGCCCCACGGCGCCCCCCUGCCCACCGAGGCCCUGGCGCCCGCCGACAGCCUCAACGACCCGGCCGCCGAGAGCAACGGGCUGAGUGAGCUGGCCAGCGCCGUCAGCAGCACCGUCGCCCUCCUGCCCGCCGCGCCCGGCGACGGCCUGGCUCCGUCCAACACCUUCGUGGCCCCGCAGCCCGUGGUGGGGCCCAGCCCAGCCAAGCUGCAGGCAGCCGCCACCCUGGCCGAGGUGGCCAACGGCAUUGAGUCCGCCCCCAUGAAGCCGGACCCCUCGGUGCAGCCCCAGAAGCUGCUGGUGAAGAAGGAAAACCAGUGGUUCGACGUGGGUGUCAUCAAGGGCACCAACAUGAUGGUGACCCAUUACUUCCUGCCCCCCAGUGACGCGCCCCCCAGCGACGACGACUCGGGCGCUGUCCCCGACUACACGCAGCUGAAGAAGCAGGAGCUGCAGCCGGGCACGGCCUACAAGUUCCGGGUGGCCGGGCUGAACGCCUGCGGGCGCGGCCCCUUCUCCGACAUCUCCGCCUUCAAGACCUGCCUGCCCGGCUUCCCGGGCGCGCCCUGCGCCAUCAAGAUCAGCAAGAGCCCUGACGGGGCCCACCUGACGUGGGAGCCGCCCUCGGUGACCUCAGGGAAGAUCGUGGAGUACUCGGUGUACCUGGCCAUCCAGAGCGCCCAGGCGGGCGAGCCCAAGGGCGCGGCGCCGGCCCAGCUGGCCUUCAUGCGGGUGUACUGCGGGCCCAGCCCCUCGUGCCUCGUGCAGUCGGGCAGUCUGGCCAAUGCCCACAUCGACUACACCACCAAGCCGGCCAUCAUCUUCCGCAUCGCCGCCCGCAACGAGAAGGGCUACGGGCCCGCCACGCAGGUCCGGUGGCUGCAAGAGUCCAGUAAGGAUGGCUCCAUGGCCAAGCCGGCCAGCAAGCGGCCGCUCUCCUCCCCUGACAUGAAAUCUGCUCCAAAGAAGCCCAAGGCCGACGGGCAGUGAAGGAGGCCCCCGCCUCGGCACCAGCCUCCCCCCCCCCCCCCGCC